AUGACUGGAACUGCAGGGUUCCUUAUCUACUCUUUAGUACUCCGUUCCCCUUGCAGCACGGAUUCUCACGGAUCUUCUAGUUAAGUCUGAAAGUUGAUUGCGAUAUCCUGGAAGCUCUCUCCCCUUUCUCUGAGCGUGGUCGAUAUCGUUUCUAUUCGUAUCUAUGGUUGGUUCAUGGGUACGUCCUUGUGCCAUUAAUCAUUAAUCUUACUAUAGAUAUAUACAAUACCUGUAUACUAUAGAUUAUGCCCAAAGUUUAACUGCAAGGGCACUAAAUCCUUCUAAUCUCCGUAUUUAUUAUUUACUUGAGGUAAUUUCCCAUUCGAUAUGAGAGGCGGAUCAUUUAAAGGUGUAGGGUUUUAGACCUGAAGAGUACUCCGACUCGUUCGCACCAUCAGUGUAUCUUUGUCUAAUUCAAGAUCUUCAUAGGGUGUUUUACCUUAUACGUUUUGUUAUGUUCCGUUAUUACGCGGCGUAGUUAUAAUUAGAUAACUUUAUUUAGAGUUUAAAUAACGGUAUAAACUUAAUAUUAGAUAAUAAAUAAACGAAAUGUCAUAGUUCAAAUGAAAAUAUAUAUGUAUCCAUCCAUAUUGAUUUCUGCUAUUCCAAUUAAUCCCAUGAAUCAAAAAUCCCAAAUUAAUCAAUUUUUUAUGAGAAAUAAAUGUGAGUAAAUGUAUGGAUAUGGAUGUGGCAUGUGCUCCAGCCAAGAUUUCAUCGAAGCACGCGUAGAACACAGCCAAAUUUGCAACUUUCGCAGAAGUGAGGAAAAUGCGAUAAGUGGCAACAACAACAAAUAAAUAAAACCCAAUGGCACGGAGUUCGGCUUCCAUUCGGGCCUCGAGCUACAAUGAAGAAAGUCAUAGCGGCACUCCUGAUCCUCUGGGCCUCGCUAUUCCUGGGAUCCCGAGAGGGAUCGGCUUUCCUGCUCGACGCGGAAUGCGGAAGGUCGCUUCGAACCAGGCCAACUUGGAGGAGUUACAUUGGCAGCAGGACUGACGCACUGGCCAAUCCUUGGAUUGUUUCGGUGAUAGUGAAGGGCGAGGCCAAAUGCAGUGGAUCGCUCAUCAAUCAUCGAUUUGUUUUGACGGCGGCACAUUGCGUGUUCAGAGAAGCCAUGCAGGUGCACUUGGGUGAGUUCGACGCCUGGAAUCCUGGACAAGAUUGCAGCUCGGGUGCUCGCUCACCAAACGCAUAUUGCGUUCGGGUCGACAAGAAGAUCGUGCCCACCGGAUUCGGCGAAACACAAGCCCAACGGUACGACAUUGGCCUACUCCGGAUGCAGCAUGCGGUGCAGUACUCAGGCUUCGUGCGCCCCAUUUGCCUGCUCAUCAAUGAGCCAGUGGCGGCCAUCGACCGAUUCCAGAUGACCGUCUGGGGCACCACUGCAGAAGGCCAUCGGAGCAUACCGCGGGUGCUGAAGCACGCCGUUGGGGAGCGCAUCGAUCGCGGACGCUGCAGCUUGAAGUUCCAGCAGCCGGUGGACGAGUCCCAGAUAUGCGCCCGCACUGAGACGAACGACGCAUGCAGAGGGGACUCCGGCGGCCCCAUUAGUGCGGAGAUCCUCUACGGGGGCAGGUAUCGCACCUUCCAGUUCGGCAUCAUCAGCUUCGGCUUGAGUUCCUGUGCGGGCCUAAGUGUCUGCACCAAUGUGACUCACUACGUGGACUGGAUCUGGGAUGCUCUGGUCAUCUCGUCGGCAUGAGCACAUUGUGAGCAUUAUAUGUAUAUGUAUAAAUUAUUAUAAACGUUUAAGCUGCAGUAAAGAUUGGGAAUAGCAAUUAGAAAGUACUGAGCCAAAGUGGGUGAGCUGUUCGAUCCGGGUGCUUUGGAAGUAGAUGAGAUAGUAGCGAGUAAAAGACGAGGUUGGCUAUAAUCUAAAACCAAAGUAGCUUUAUUACGUUUUCAAACAUGUGAUCAUUUACAUUUAAUUACUUUGCCUCACUUUCUCCACUAAACAAAUAAACGUAGUUCCACUAGUCCACUAGCCCAGCUGACCAACCAACCACCCGGCCAGCCAGCCAGCCAGCCAGCCAGCCGGCCGGCCAGCCAAUCCCACGAUGAAGUCGUCCCAGCGGACGAGCGAGGCUAUGUGGGGGUAGCACUUACAGGGUAUACACUGAAUCCAUAUCUUAUAUAAACGGCGAGCGCGCGAAGGAAAGCUUUUCGAAAGUGUGUGUGAUUGAUCGGAAAUGGGAACCCAAAUGGUCGGUUAUAGGUUUUAUAUACGAAAGCUUAGAGUAAAUUACAUUACAACUUAUUGUUGGGGCUUCCUCUCUUUACUAAGGAGUUUUUUUUUUGUUUUAUAGUUUUACGUCUUUUGUUAACACCAUGGAAUAUUUUGAUAUAUAUAUAUAUGUAUAUAUAUAUAUACCUAUAUACACACAUUAACUUACAGUAGAUAUCGUUAGCAUGCAAAUCGCCUGUGUGCAACAACUUUUUACAUUUGUAUUCCUCUGAACGGGACGUGGGAUAAAUAACGCUUGGAGAUUGCUCUUAUAUUAACGAAUCGAUAACCAUUUUGAUUGACUACUUGUAUUGCUCGUAUGCAUUGGCCAGCAUUCCCAAGACAAUGUCUUCGCAUAUAGCCGAUAUCUACUGUACGUUUGUCCCGUUUGCAGCUGUUUGCAAUUUCCAGAACGUCUUCGGAUCGCGAGAAAUGGAGAAGGACUGCGGCUGUAGUCUACUAGCACCCGACUAAAACUAAACUGCCUGACCAGAACACAGGAUACAUACUACGCCUCUGAUCUCUGGAAUUCACAUGUGUUGGCGACAAAAUAGUUAUUACAUUACUAAUGACAAAAGAGCACGUGCCCGUUUAAUUUUAUUGAAAAUCAACGAAGUUCUCC